GACAGUGGGUACCAUAGAGUGAGUGUCAGAACAGAAAGCUAAGGCAGAAGCAGAGAGGAUGCUUCAGUCAUCCUUUCUUGUUUUUUCUUUUUUAAUGAGGAUGGAACACAUGUGAGAUUUUACUUUCUGCUCUAGUUGAAAUUCUGAAGAACUGCAUUGGAGACUAUUAUAUUCAACACGUAUAUGGAUUCUGUGCUAUGAUUUACAAUUCCCUUUAUUUCAGCACUUUCUUAUGCAAGGAGCUAAACAGUGAUUAAAGGAGCAGGAUGAAAAGAUGGCACAGUCAGUGCUGGUACCACCAGGACCUGACAGCUUCCGCUUCUUUACCAGGGAAUCCCUUGCUGCUAUUGAACAACGCAUUGCAGAAGAGAAAGCUAAGAGACCCAAACAAGAGCGCAAGGAUGAGGAUGAUGAAAAUGGCCCGAAGCCAAAUAGUGACUUGGAAGCAGGAAAAUCCCUUCCGUUUAUUUAUGGAGACAUUCCUCCAGAGAUGGUGUCAGAGCCCCUGGAGGACCUGGACCCGUACUAUAUCAAUAAAAAAACGUUUAUAGUAUUGAAUAAAGGGAAAGCAAUCUCUCGAUUCAGUGCCACCUCUGCCCUGUACAUUUUAACUCCCUUCAACCCUAUUCGAAAAUUAGCUAUUAAGAUUUUGGUACAUUCGUUAUUCAAUGUGCUCAUUAUGUGCACUAUCCUUACCAACUGUGUAUUUAUGACCAUGAGUAACCCUCCAGACUGGACAAAGAAUGUGGAGUACACCUUUACAGGAAUUUAUACUUUUGAAUCACUUAUAAAAAUACUUGCAAGGGGCUUUUGUUUAGAAGAUUUCACGUUUCUACGGGAUCCAUGGAAUUGGUUGGAUUUCACAGUUAUUACUUUUGCGUAUGUAACAGAAUUUGUAAACCUAGGCAAUGUUUCAGCUCUUCGAACUUUCAGAGUAUUGAGAGCUUUGAAAACUAUUUCUGUAAUUCCAGGCUUGAAGACCAUCGUGGGGGCCCUGAUCCAGUCGGUGAAGAAGCUUUCAGAUGUAAUGAUCCUGACUGUGUUCUGUCUGAGCGUGUUUGCACUAAUAGGACUACAGCUGUUUAUGGGCAACCUGCGGAAUAAAUGUUUGCAAUGGCCCCCAGAUAAUUCUUCCUUUGAAAUCAACAUCACUUCCUUCUUUAAUAACUCACUGGAUGGGAACGGUACCAUUUUCAAUAGGACAGUGAGCAUGUUUAACUGGGAUGACUAUAUUGAAGAUAAAAGUCACUUUUACUUUUUGGAAGGGCAAAAUGACGCACUGCUUUGUGGCAACAGCUCAGAUGCAGGCCAGUGUCCAGAAGGAUACAUCUGUGUGAAGGCUGGUAGAAAUCCCAACUAUGGCUACACGAGCUUUGACACGUUUAGUUGGGCCUUCUUGUCCUUGUUUCGUCUCAUGACUCAAGACUUCUGGGAAAACCUUUAUCAACUGACACUACGUGCUGCUGGGAAAACAUACAUGAUAUUUUUUGUGCUGGUCAUUUUCUUGGGCUCAUUCUACCUUAUCAAUUUAAUCCUGGCUGUGGUGGCCAUGGCCUACGAGGAACAGAAUCAGGCAACACUUGAAGAGGCUGAACAGAAAGAAGCUGAAUUCCAGCAGAUGCUUGAACAGUUAAAAAAACAACAGGAAGAAGCUCAGGCAGCAGCUGCAGCAGCGUCUGCUGAAUCAAGAGACUUCAGUGGUGCUGGCGGAGUGGGGGUUUUCUCAGAGAGUUCCUCAGUAGCAUCAAAGUUGAGCUCUAAGAGCGAAAAAGAGCUGAAAAACAGAAGGAAGAAAAAGAAACAGAAAGAACAGUCUGGAGAAGAAGAGAAGGAGGAUGGAGUCCGCAAAUCUGAAUCUGAAGACAGCAUAAGAAGAAAAGGUUUUCGUUUUUCCUUAGAAGGAAGUAGGCUGACAUAUGAAAAGAGGUUUUCUUCUCCACACCAGUCUUUAUUGAGCAUCCGUGGCUCCCUUUUCUCUCCAAGACGCAACAGUAGGGCGAGCCUUUUCAGCUUCAGAGGGCGAGCAAAGGAUAUUGGCUCGGAGAAUGAUUUUGCUGAUGACGAGCACAGCACCUUUGAAGACAAUGACAGCCGAAGAGACUCUCUGUUCGUGCCGCACAGACAUGGAGAGCGGCGCCACAGCAACGUCAGCCAGGCCAGCCGUGCCUCCAGGGUGCUCCCCAUUCUGCCCAUGAACGGGAAGAUGCACAGCGCUGUGGAUUGCAAUGGAGUGGUCUCCCUGGUCGGAGGCCCUUCUGCCCUCACGUCUCCUGCUGGGCAGCUCCUGCCAGAGGGCACAACUACUGAAACAGAAAUACGAAAGAGACGGUCCAGUUCUUAUCAUGUUUCCAUGGAUUUGUUGGAAGAUCCUACAGCAAGGCAAAGAGCCAUGAGUAUGGCUAGUAUUUUGACCAACACCAUGGAAGAACUUGAAGAAUCCAGACAGAAAUGCCCACCCUGCUGGUAUAAAUUUGCUAACAUGUGUUUAAUUUGGGACUGCUGUAAACCAUGGUUAAAGGUGAAACAUCUUGUCAACCUGGUCGUGAUGGACCCGUUUGUGGACCUGGCCAUCACCAUCUGCAUUGUUUUAAAUACACUCUUCAUGGCCAUGGAGCACUAUCCCAUGACAGAGCAGUUCAGCAGUGUACUGUCGGUCGGGAACCUGGUCUUCACUGGGAUCUUCACAGCAGAAAUGUUUCUCAAGAUCAUUGCUAUGGAUCCAUAUUAUUACUUUCAAGAAGGCUGGAAUAUUUUUGAUGGUUUCAUCGUGAGCCUUAGUUUAAUGGAACUUGGUUUGGCAAACGUGGAAGGAUUGUCAGUUCUCCGAUCAUUUCGACUGCUUCGAGUUUUCAAGUUGGCAAAAUCUUGGCCAACUCUGAACAUGCUGAUAAAGAUCAUUGGCAAUUCUGUGGGGGCUUUGGGUAACCUCACCUUGGUGCUGGCCAUCAUCGUCUUCAUCUUUGCCGUGGUCGGCAUGCAGCUCUUUGGUAAGAGCUACAAAGAAUGUGUCUGCAAGAUUUCCAAUGACUGUGAGCUCCCGCGCUGGCACAUGCAUGACUUCUUCCACUCCUUCCUGAUUGUGUUCCGCGUGCUGUGUGGAGAGUGGAUAGAGACCAUGUGGGACUGUAUGGAGGUCGCUGGCCAAACGAUGUGCCUUACUGUCUUCAUGAUGGUCAUGGUGAUUGGAAACUUAGUGGUUCUGAACCUUUUCCUGGCCUUGCUCUUGAGUUCAUUCAGUUCUGACAAUCUUGCUGCCACUGAUGAUGAUAAUGAAAUGAACAAUCUCCAGAUUGCUGUGGGAAGGAUGCAGAAAGGAAUUGAUUAUGUUAAAAGAAAACUACGUGAAUUUAUUCAGAAAGCUUUUGUUAGAAAGCAGAAAGCUUUAGAUGAAAUUAAACCUCUUGAAGAUCUAAAUAACAAAAAAGACAGCUGUAUUUCCAACCACACCACCAUAGAAAUAGGCAAAGACCUCAAUUAUCUUAAAGAUGGAAAUGGAACUACCAGUGGCAUAGGCAGCAGUGUAGAAAAAUAUGUCGUGGAUGAAAGUGAUUACAUGUCGUUUAUAAACAACCCCAGCCUCACUGUGACUGUCCCAAUUGCUGUUGGAGAAUCUGACUUUGAAAAUUUAAACACUGAAGAAUUCAGCAGCGAGUCAGAUAUGGAGGAAAGCAAAGAGAAGCUAAAUGCAACUAGUUCAUCUGAAGGCAGCACAGUGGAUAUAGGAGCUCCUGCUGAGGGAGAACAACCUGAGGCUGAACCUGAAGAAUCGCUCGAACCUGAAGCCUGUUUCACAGAAGACUGUGUACGGAAGUUCAAGUGUUGUCAGAUAAGCAUAGAGGAAGGCAAAGGGAAACUGUGGUGGAACGUGAGAAAAACUUGCUAUAAGAUAGUGGAGCAUAACUGGUUCGAAACCUUCAUCGUCUUCAUGAUUCUGCUCAGCAGUGGGGCGCUGGCCUUUGAAGAUAUAUAUAUUGAGCAGCGAAAAACCAUUAAGACCAUGUUAGAAUAUGCUGACAAAGUUUUCACUUACAUAUUCAUUCUGGAAAUGCUUCUCAAGUGGGUUGCAUAUGGUUUUCAAGUAUAUUUUACCAAUGCCUGGUGCUGGCUAGAUUUCCUGAUUGUCGAUGUCUCAUUGGUUAGCUUAACAGCGAAUGCCUUGGGUUACUCAGAACUCGGUGCCAUCAAAUCCCUCAGAACACUAAGAGCUCUGAGGCCACUGAGAGCCUUAUCCCGGUUUGAAGGAAUGAGGGUUGUUGUCAACGCUCUCUUAGGAGCCAUUCCAUCCAUAAUGAACGUGCUUCUGGUUUGUCUGAUCUUUUGGCUGAUAUUCAGUAUCAUGGGAGUGAAUCUCUUUGCGGGCAAGUUUUAUCACUGUAUUAACUACACCACCGGAGAAAUGUUUGACGUAAGCGUGGUCAACAACUACAGCGAGUGCAAAGCCCUCAUAGAGAGCAAUCAGACUGCCAGGUGGAAAAAUGUGAAAGUAAACUUUGAUAAUGUGGGACUCGGAUAUCUUUCUCUGCUUCAAGUAGCCACAUUUAAGGGAUGGAUGGACAUCAUGUAUGCAGCUGUCGAUUCACGAAAUGUAGAAUUACAACCCAAGUAUGAAGACAAUCUGUACAUGUAUCUUUAUUUUGUCAUCUUUAUUAUUUUUGGUUCCUUCUUUACUCUGAAUCUCUUCAUUGGUGUCAUCAUCGAUAACUUCAAUCAACAGAAAAAGAAGUUUGGAGGUCAAGACAUUUUUAUGACAGAAGAACAGAAGAAAUACUACAAUGCAAUGAAAAAACUGGGUUCAAAGAAACCACAAAAACCCAUACCUCGACCUGCUAACAAAUUCCAAGGAAUGGUCUUUGAUUUUGUAACCAAACAAGUCUUUGAUAUCAGCAUCAUGAUCCUCAUCUGCCUCAACAUGGUCACCAUGAUGGUGGAAACUGAUGACCAGAGUCAAGAAAUGACAAACAUUUUGUACUGGAUUAAUCUAGUGUUUAUUGUUCUGUUCACUGGAGAAUGUGUGCUGAAACUAAUCUCUCUUCGUUAUUACUAUUUUACCAUUGGCUGGAAUAUUUUUGAUUUUGUGGUGGUUAUUCUCUCCAUUGUAGGCAUGUUUCUGGCUGAGCUGAUAGAGAAAUAUUUUGUGUCCCCGACCCUGUUCCGAGUGAUCCGUCUUGCCAGGAUUGGCCGAAUCCUCCGUCUGAUCAAAGGAGCUAAGGGGAUCCGCACGCUGCUCUUUGCUCUGAUGAUGUCCCUCCCUGCAUUGUUUAACAUCGGCCUCCUGCUCUUCCUGGUCAUGUUCAUCUACGCCAUCUUUGGAAUGUCCAACUUUGCCUAUGUUAAAAGGGAAGUUGGAAUUGAUGACAUGUUCAACUUUGAAACUUUUGGCAACAGCAUGAUCUGUCUGUUCCAAAUUACCACCUCUGCUGGCUGGGAUGGAUUGCUAGCACCUAUUCUCAACAGUGGCCCUCCAGAUUGUGACCCUGAAAAAGAUCACCCUGGAAGCUCAGUUAAGGGAGACUGUGGGAACCCAUCUGUUGGGAUUUUCUUUUUCGUCAGUUACAUCAUCAUAUCAUUUCUGGUUGUGGUGAACAUGUACAUCGCCGUCAUCCUGGAGAACUUCAGUGUUGCUACUGAGGAAAGUGCAGAGCCCCUGAGUGAGGAUGACUUUGAGAUGUUCUACGAGGUUUGGGAGAAGUUUGAUCCUGAUGCCACUCAGUUUAUAGAGUUCUCCAAGCUCUCUGAUUUUGCAGCUGCCCUGGAUCCUCCUCUUCUCAUAGCAAAACCAAACAAAGUCCAGCUCAUUGCCAUGGACCUGCCCAUGGUCAGUGGGGACCGGAUCCACUGCCUUGACAUUUUAUUUGCCUUUACAAAGCGUGUUUUGGGUGAGAGUGGAGAGAUGGAUGCCCUUCGAAUACAGAUGGAGGAGCGAUUCAUGGCAUCAAAUCCCUCCAAAGUCUCCUAUGAGCCCAUCACAACCACUUUGAAACGCAAACAAGAGGAGGUGUCUGCUAUUGUUAUCCAGAGGGCUUAUAGACGCUACCUCUUGAAGCAAAAAGUUAAAAAGGUUUCAUGUAUAUAUAAGAAAGACAAAGUCAAAGAAGGUGAUGGAACACCUAUCAAAGAAGAUAUCCUCAUUGAUAAACUAAAUGAGAAUUCAACUCCGGAGAAAACCGAUGUAACACCUUCCACCACUUCGCCACCUUCUUAUGAUAGUGUGACCAAGCCAGAAAAAGAAAAAUUUGAAAAAGACAAAUCAGAAAAGGAAGACAAAGGGAAAGAUAUCAGGGAAAGUAAAAAGUAAAAAGAAACAGAGAAUAUUCCAUUUUGUGAUCAAUUGUUUACAGCCUGUGAUGGUGAUGUGUUAGUGUCAACAGGACUCCCACAGGACGUCUAUGCCAAACUGACUGUUUUUACAAAUGUAUACUUAAGGUCAGUGCCUAUAACAAGACAGGGACCUCUGGUCAGCAAACUGGAACUCAAUAAACCAGAAAAUCAGCAUCGCCAGGAGGUUUCUGUUUUCACAACCAGCUGACACUGCUGAAGAGCAGAGACGUAAUGGCUACUCAGACUAUAGGAACCAACUUAAAGGGGGGAGGGAAGUUAAAUUUUUAUGUAAAGUCAACACGUGACACUUGAUAAUGGUAAUUGUCACCACUGUUUAUGUGUUAACUGCCACACCUGCCAUAUUUUUACAAAAUGUAUGCUGUGAAUUUAUCACUUUUUUUUUUAAUUCACAGGUUGUUUACUAUUAUAUGUGACUAUUUUUGUAAAUGGGUUUGUGUUUGGGGAGAGGGAUUAAAGGUAGGAAUUCUACAUUUCCCUAUUGUAUAACUGGAUAUAUUUUAAAUGAAGGCAUGCUGCACUUCUCAUUCACACGUGAAAAAAAUCACAUGACAAAAGGAAAGAGUUUACUUCUUGUUUCAGGAUGUUUUUAGAUUUUUGAGGUGCUUAAAUAGCUAUUCAUGUUUUAAGGUGUCUCAUCCAGAAAAAUUUUAAUGUGCCUGUAAAUGUUCCAUAGAAUUCACAAACGUUAAAGAACUGUUUUAUUUUUACAUAUUCCAUUAUACGUACAUGUAUAUAUGUAUAUAUGUAUAUGUGCGUGUAUAUACAUAUAUAUGUAUACACACACAGAGACACACCCACCAUCACAUAGUCGUUCAGUGUCCCAGUAGCAUGAUUAUAACAUUUUUGAUAAGUGUCCUUUGGCAUAAAAUAAAAAUAUCCUAUCAAGUCCUUUCUAAGAACCUGAAUUGACCAAAAAGCGUUCCCCACCACCACUUUAUAAAGUUACUUCUGCUUUUUCCUGCAGUAUCGUUUAGCCAUCUUCUGCUCUUGGUAAGGUUGACAUAGUAUAUGUCAAUUUAAAAAAUACAAGUCUGCUUUGUAAAUAGUAAUUCUACCCAGUGGUGCAUGUUUGAGCAAACAAAAAUGAUGACUUAAGCACAGUAUUUAUUGCAUCAAAUAUGUACCACAGUAAGUAUAGUUUGCAAGCUUUCAACAGGUAAUAUGAUGUCAUUGGUUCCAUUAGAGUUUGAAGCUGUCACUGCUGCAUGUUUAUCUUGCCUAGGCUGCUGUAUCUUACUCCUUCCACUGUUCAGAAGUCUAAUAUGGGAAGCCAUAUGUCAGUGGUAAAGUGAAACAAAUUGUUCUAUCAAGACCUCAUUCUUCAUGUCAUUAAGCAAUAGAUCGCAGCAAACAAUGAAGAGCUUCUUGCUUUUUAUUCUUCCAAUCUUAAUUGAACGCUGUAUGGUGAAAAGCCGACUGUACAAACAUGUUGCAAGCUGCUUAAAUCUGUUGAAAAUAUAUGGUUAGAGUUUUCUAAGAAAAUAUAAAUACUGUAAAAAGUUCAUUUUAUUUUAUUUUUCAGCCUUUUGUACAUAAAAUGAGAAAUUAAAAGUAUCUUCAGGUUGAUGUCACAGUCACUACUGUUAGUUUCUGUUCCUAGCACUUUUAAAUUAAAGCACUUCACGAAAUAAGAAACGAAGACUAAGAUGCAGUGUAGGUUUCUGCUUUUUUAUUGGUACUGUAAACUUUGCACACAUUUCAAUGUAAAACGAAUCUCAGACUGAGUCCAACGUUUAUUUGAUUCCAAAUAGUAAUGCCCUAUCACUGAAAGAGGCUUAAGGAAAGAUCACUUGCUAUUCUUGGCAUUGCUUGAAUGAGAUGUUUCCACCUAGUCUUUAUAUUCAGUAAAUCAUCAGUCUUUUCUAGUGUCUGUUUACACAGAUAGAUCUUAUCCUUAUUGACCCAUAUGGCUUUAGAACUGUAUCAGAUAUGAUAUAGGAUCCAAGUUUUUUUUCUCCCCACAAACCAGGUAGUGAAAUUAUAUUACCAGUUACAGCGAAACAUUUUGUGUUUCUUUCACAAGCAACAAUAAAUGUAGAUUCUUUAUACUAAAGCUAUUGACUUGUAGUGUGUUGGUGAAAUGCAUGCAGGAAAAUGCUAUUACCACAAAGAACGGUAAACCACAUUACAAUCAAGCCAAAAGAAUAAAGGUUUUGCUUUUGUUUUUGUAUUUAAUUGUUCUGUCUUUGAUUCUAUCUUUGAAAUGCCAUUUAAAGGUAAAUUUCUAUCAUGUAAAAAUGAUCUAUCAGAAAAAAUAUAAAGAAUACGCAUUAACUAUAAUAAUUCAUCUUUAAAUUUUUUCAUGGAAUGGAAAUUAAUUAAAAAGAGUGCACUGGAUAUCUAGUUUUAAUAUUGGCCAAAAAGCUAGAUAUGGAAUUGAGUAGAGUAGUGGAAAGUUACAAAAAUUAAUAAAAAAUUGACUAACAUUUUAAGUUGUGCAUCCUUUCUCCUUCCUGGCACCUACUAUUUUAUUUUGUUUUUCUCUUUGCCUUUUUACUUCCUUCUGUAUGUAUUCCUGAUCUACAUUUCUAAAUACUUUCUCAUCCCUUUCUUGGGCUUCCAGGGAUUUUUCAUUCAGGACACUCUUGUUUCUUCUCUGCUCACCAAAUGUCUUGUUUAUUACAGUCUGUAGGCGAUGGCUCUGUGCGCUUCUGCCCCUAAUAAUCUGCUAUUCCUGUGACAAGUCCAUGGAAUGUCUCUAUAUUCAUUUCUACAAUUUCCUUGGCAAAAAUUCUAAGAGAGCUUAGAUCUCAACUUUUUAUAAUGUAUAAACAAAAUUCCAAAACGACGCACUUGGUUUUCUCAUUUAAUUGCAAGCAAUUUGGGAAAUGUAUAUCAGUUCUGAUUGCAUAUUAGAAUUACUUGAGAAGCUUGAAGAAAAAAAAUGCCCAUUCAUAGACCAAGACGAGACCAAUUCAAUUCGUAUCUCUAGGGAUGAGACUUAAGCAUCCAAUUUUUUUUAAUGCUCCCCCCUGAUGCUGAUUUUUACUAAGGUUGAGAGCCAGUGAGGUAGGAUAUCCUUGCCCAAUAGGGAAAAAAAGUACUCUACAGAAAAUCCACCUGUCCCCUUCAGAGAAUCAUUAUACAACUCAUCAUGUACAAAAUCAGGCUCCCAACAUGAUGGCUUUUGGUGUGUUUAUCUUGUAGUGUGACAUUGAUCCAUUUAUAUCAGAGGUUUUCUUGUCGGAUCAUAGUUGGUGGAAAGGGAAUUCUAUCAGAAUAGUUUAGAGAGCUUUAUCAAAUUAUACAGACAUACACGCACACACUCACCCCCACAAUGUGGCACCCCAACCAUCCCUAGUGCAUACUGCAUGAGAUGAAUGUGGGGUGGUUUAGGAAACAAUAUGGAUUCAUCAAAUAGCCCCCCAGGUGAAUCCUACAUGCCUUGUUGGGUGAGAAUCAUUAAUCUGGGCCAAUGGGAGGCAGUUCACAUUGGCCACCAGAAAACAUGCUUUCCAUUUGUCAUUAUCAAGUCACAAAUCUAAAGAGGAAAGAUUCCCAUUCUCAAGUUCUCUAUUCUUGGGCACCUCUUAUCAUCAUUAGUUUCCUAAGCUCAGUACAAUGCAGAUCAAUUUACAAAGAGAAGGGAGGGGCUGAGAAGAGAGAAGGGGUUGAAAAGGGAGAGGAGAAGAAAGGAGAGGGAAGAACAACAGAGGAAAGUAGAGGAAAGGAGGGUCGUACAAGAAAUGGGAGAGGAUACUUCAUAAAUCAUCUUCUGAAAAAAAGUCUAUUGCUGUUAGUAUCUGCAGGAAUGGUGGAGGAUGGAAGAGGCAUGAGGGAAAGAAAUUUUGCUUAGUUGUCCAGACGUUAGAUCCACGAUGUAUGCAUAUUUCUCUUCUCACUUUUUUAAAGAAAAAAUACUUAUGAAAAAGAGGAAGAGGACAUUAUGCAAUUAUUACAUUGUAAAUGUAAAUGUUGCAGUGGUUGCAUGGAUAAUGUUAUUUCCUUUCAUCUGAACUAAAUAAAUAUUUGAGUGUCUACUACGUGUCAGCAUUUUGAUAGGAGCUGCGAGACCACAGAUGAACAUAAUUGUCCAAAGGAAGGUUGUAGCCAGAGGUGAAGAACCUUGAAAGUUAAGCUAAAGAGUCUGGAAUUUAUUCUAUUGGCAAUGAGGCGGGAUUAAUUGCUCCUGAGCUGUAGAAUGAGCAGUAAAACUGGAUACAUCUGUACUUAUUUAAUCUGACAAAAAUGAGCCUGCAUUGCCAGUUUUUCGCUAUUAUAGAGAUCUCAUUUUCCCAUCUUUAUUUUUAAAUAUGUCUGUGUUCUUAUGUUAGUAUAUAUUUUUAAAAGAACCUAAUUUAAAACCUAAUUUAUAUUUUUUAAAAAACCUAAAUUAAAAAAAUCAAUCUGACAUUUUUUGUUAAUACCCUAUCUUCAUCUACCUACAUUUAUUUUAUAUACAGAUAUAUUUGAUUUUAUUUUUGUCACCUUAUUUUGUGCUUUUGAUUUUUCAAGUUUUUUCUUUGUUCCUUCCUGUCUUGUCCUCUUUUGUGUUAAUUUUCUUUUCUUUUCCCCAUCUCUGCUGGUUGACAAGAUGCACAUGACAAGAUACACAUUAUCUUCCUUUCUUCUUUCCUUACUUGCUUUUCUCUUGCUUCUUUUUAUAAGUAAUUACUCUUAAAUUUUAACGUGCAUACUUAAUUAGUGAAAUGUAAUCAAUAGUAUACCCUUAUCUGGAACAAUAAAGUUUCCCAUUCUGAUUACA